UGUUCACCACAUCCACAAUGCCAAUUACCACUUUUAACCUGAUUGCUUACACCAUUGUCAUUAAUGGAGAGUGAUUUUCUUUCAUCUGAAUUCGACCCAGCAUUGUAUCUUCAUUCCGAAGUAUCAGAUACUGUAAUCCAUCCCGAGCCGGAGCUGCACUCAUUUUCCGACGAUCUAGAGGCAUUGCAGCAACGACGUCUAGAAAUCGCAGAAGAAAAUCGGCGGAACAACAUUGUCAUUCAGCGUUCUUGGAAAUUAUCAGACGUGUUCCGGAGUGAUGACGAUAGCCAACCAAGUACGUUUGUUCCGGGUCAAAACCUCGAAGUUUUCUAUAUUGACCCAAUGUCAGUAACCCCAACCAAAUCAUCGAAUCGCCCUCAGUUAGACAGAAACCUCGUCAUAGAUAAUUUUCUCCCUUCAACACCACCAAGGGAAAUGACACCCUUCAUGUCUACACAGUCCACGAUCACCCCUAGUCCGUCAUCAACGGAGUCACGAAAGCGAAAACUCGAUUCAUUGCUGUUGGUUGAGGACACGAAACGACCGAAGACUCUUAUUGAUGUUUCUGAUGAAGAAAAUGGAAUAUCAAUGGAUUCUCCUUUGGGUGGAAAUGGAAGCAAGGGCCCACGGACUAUUGGUGGCUUUAUAGAUGAGGACGACGAUGAUGAGGACGCAUUGGCGGAAAUUCAAGAUGGUGGCUACUUGACCCAUUUAGCACAAAGUACGACAACUGAGAAAGAGACGGUGGCGUCACAGCACAACCCAUCCGGUCAGAAAAUACGCGGCCCUUUCAUCGAGGAUGACGAUGAUGAAGACGCUAUGGAUGCGCUGAGGGGUACAUAUACGAAAGAUGAUGCUAAAUUGCUUCAGAUGAUGUCACAACCCUCUGCUACUGAGAAAUCACAACCUCACGAAACAUCAACAGUACCCUCCGUGGACUGUUCUAGCCUGAGCGCCGAGACACACUCAACAAUAAUUAAUCCAAUUUUCGAGCGAAAACAGCCUGUUACUGUUAAGACAUGCGCUGGGCGAGAACAUCGAGUAUUUCACCGACAAGCCGCGAGUAAGACGUCAUAUGAGAGACUUGUUGCUAGUCGCUCGAAGACGGCAGAAGGAAAGGCUCAACGAAGCUAUUAUGGAAUCGAAAUACAUAGACUAUUGGACGAUGCUUCUAGUGAGCUGAAAGACAAUGCCACACGGAAAGUAGAACCGAUUCAUAUCGAGCGCUCCAUUGAAACGCCAGUCAUUGAAAAGAGUGGAAAAAAGAAUUCGAACCCCAUGUGGACUGAGAAGUAUCGUGCACGGAGAUUCGCUGAACUAAUCGGAGACGAGCGGACUCACAGGUCAGUCCUGCGUUGGCUUAAAAGCUGGGAUCACAUUGUCUUUCCAGGUAUUGCGAAGUCAAAGCACGCGAAGAACGGCACUGAAGGUGAAUGGGCGCAUCGAAAGAUCCUCAUGUUGACAGGUCCGCCCGGCCUCGGCAAAACGACGUUAGCUCACGUCUGCGCACAACAGGCCGGCUAUGAGGUGUUAGAAAUCAACGCCAGUGAUGAAAGAAGCAGAGAUGUUGUUAAGGGUCGUAUCAGAGACGCUGUCGGGACAGAAAAUGUGAAGAGUAUCAGUGCUGGAUCUGAUUCAAGCAAGGCCAACAAAUCGGGUCGUCCCGUUUGCGUUGUGGUUGACGAAGUCGAUGGUGUCGUUGGAGGCUCUGGCUCUGGUGGUGAGGGCGGUUUUAUUAAAGCCCUUAUCGAUCUAGUCAUGAUGGAUCAAAAGACCGCCGCGGCGCGUUCUGAUCAGAACUCAUUCUCUGGAAGAAAGAAGAAAAACGACAAUUUCCGCCUGCUGAGACCCAUCAUUCUGAUUUGCAACGAUGCAUAUCACGCCAGCUUACGACCUCUUCGCACCUCGAAUAUUGCUGAAAUUAUACAUGUUCGACAAGUGCCGAUGGAGAAUGUAAUUCAGCGACUGAAGCUGAUCUUGACCAAAGAAUGUAUCCAGUUUGAUGCAGAUGGAGUCAGACGACUUUGCGAAGCGUCAUGGGGGAUGAGUGCCAAGAGAGACCGCACUGAAAAAAAUAGAGGCGUGAGCGAGGGAGAUAUACGAAGCAUUUUGGUUUCUGCAGAGUGGGUAGCACGCAAACUGCAGGCAGAGUCAACGACCACACCUCGAUUGACGAAAGCUUGGUUAGAGGAUAAUAUUCUUAAUGACAGUGAAUCCGGAGGAGGCUCUAGGGGUCUCGGAAGAGGUGGUGUCCGGGACAUCACAGAUCGUGUCUUCAUUGAGGGAGCAGGAUUCCCCACUGCACCCGUCAGUUCUAAUUCAUUCAGUGAUCCCUUUGACCGAGAAAGGACCAAGACGUCCGUGGGAGUUGCUGAAUUGCGCAGGCGACACGCUGCUGCAAAAUUGCGUGAGAUGAUUGACGCAAGCGGCGAAUAUGACCGAUGUGCGACAGACUGCUUUAUUGAAUAUCCCACUCGCACUUAUCAGGACGAUACGUUUCUAUCAAAGCCCAAUGCUGCUUAUGAUUGGCUCCAUUUCCACGAUAUGAUUUCUUCCAAGAUAUUUUCGAACCAAGACUGGGAACUAAAUCCAUACAUGAGCCAGUCAACACUUGCAUUCCAUCAUCUGUUUGCCGGCAACGCUAGUUCGUCCAACAAGCGAAAAUUUGACGACGACCAAACCGAAGAAGAGGAGCACCCAUUCUCUGGACCUAGGGCGGACUAUGCGGCUUUUGAGGCACUGAAACAGAAUAAAUCGGUACUCGUUGGAUUUCAGUCAACAUUUUCCGCGCCUCUUCUGAGGCUCUUUCGCUCUUUGGAUAGUAUCGCUACAGACCUAGUGCCUAAUCUGCUGCGCAUGCUUUCCCCUGAGGUGAAACCCGUCAUUGUGAGAGGCAGUGAGCAAGCUAGUGUUGCCAGUGUCAGGAAGGAGAGCGAGAGAGCACUUGUCCGCGCCGCGGUGAGGGUAAUGUCCGGCUUGAAUGUUACAUUUGAGAAGGUCCGUGUUGGAAAUGACGGUGUUCACGCGGGGUGGGCGUACCGGAUGGAACCACCAAUUGAUACUCUCGUCGGCUUCUCAAAAACGAAAGGCACAAUUCUGGAUGCCGGUAGUUCAGGUCCUGUACGCUACGCCAUUCGCCAAGUUCUUGAUCAAGAAUAUCGCAAGGAGACUCUCCGAAAACAAGGGGAGACAUUACUAGGCCUCUCGGGCUCUAGUAAUAAAGCCUCCAAAGGCAAGCAAUCGAGUAAGGAUGAGGACAAGGAGAACGCCAACGGCUCCCGACCAAAACUCGGAGGACCAGAUGCUGCUGGAGUCAAACGAGAUUUCUUUGGCAGGAUCAUCCGCAACAAUGAGACCGCUCCAGCAUCUACGACGAGCAAUAAGGCGCGUCAACCCGCUCAUAAACGGAACUCAAGUGGCAACGACCAUGACCGUAAGGUGUGGGUUACAUUUCAUGAAGGAUUUUCGAAUGCUGUGCGUAAGCCCAUCACGAUAGCCGAGUUGCUAUCUGAGCUAUAACUUAUACUAUGAUGAAAUGAAGUCUAUGAAGAAUUGUAUAGUCUAUACUGAAAUAUAUUUAAUUCAAGUGUUUUUC